UUUCCCUGCAUCAAAGCUAGCUCGUACGCCAUCUCAACAAGCUAGAUCUACUUACGCACGGUCUUCUUAUCUCUUGGCCGCCGUGAAUGCUCGGACGCCUGUCUUUCCGCUCGGUCAGGUCAUUACCCUUCUCAAGAUCCGUCUCAACUAGUCAAGUGCUUUCGUUCAUUCCGAGCUCUCGCAACAAAAUCACGCCAGCAAUAGCUCGAGCCACUCAUCUACAGAGCGGAAACCUUUGCAACAAGAGAACCUUGUCCACUAUGGUACCUACUAGCGAUGUCAACUUUGGCAACUACGAACAGCUCACCGAGUUCAAGCUCGCCUACGCUCCGGUGACUGUUGCCAAGUAUCGAUCGACGAAGACCGGAUUCUCGGUGGUCGUUGCGAACAACAAGGCUCCCAUCACAAACGCCUACUUUACUGUUGCUACCGAGAUCUUUGACGAUACUGGUCGCCCUCAUACCCUGGAACAUCUGGUCUUUUUGGGCUCGAAGUCCUAUCCAUACAAAGGGGUUCUUGAUAACCUCGCCAACCGGGCAGGAGGCGACGGCACGAACGCAUGGACCGCUGAUGAUCACACUGCGUAUACCAUCUCGACGGCUGGUAGCGAGGGCUUUUUGAACAUGUUGCCCAUCUACUUGGACCAUAUUCUGUAUCCGACAAUCACGGCCAGCGGCUUUACGACCGAAGUGUUCCAUGUCAAUGGCAAGGGAGAAGAAGCAGGUGUCGUCAUGUCCGAGAUGCAGGGUGUCGAGCAAAACCCGACUACUGUAUUGGCCCGCAAAUUGCAGCUGGAACUGUACCCGGAAGGCUCCGCCUAUCGAUCGGAAACUGGAGGUAUGCUGGACGCCCUGAGAAAGUUGACCGUAGAGGAAAUCAGGGAAUUCCAUGCCAAGGCGUAUCGCCCUUACAACGUUUGCCUUCUGGUCGAUGGGUCCAUACCCUUGGAAAAGCUGAUGGACGUCCUCAACAACCAAGUCGAUCCUCUGAUCCUUUCACGAGCCGGUUCCGAGAAGAUUGAAAUUCCUACCGAUUGGAAACGACCUUUUCUAGAGACUGCUUCCGCUGCCGGCCCCAAGAUUGAGCAAGACAAGCAAGAGAUUGUGGAAUUCAUGGACAAGGACGAAAGCAUGGGGGAGAUGUACCUCGCUUGGCGUGGAAACCCGACAGGCGAUCACCUUGAAGAAAUGGCUCUUGAUAUUCUUACCACAUACCUGACCGAUACAGAAGUCGCGCCAUUAAACAAGAGAUUCAUUGAAAUCGCCAAGCCUCUGUGUACCCUAAUCGGUUUCUACUCUUCGGAUCGAGCUAGCGCUUCAGAGAUCACCUGUCAUAUCUCUGGCGUUCCCGCAGCCAUGCUUGAGAAGAUGACCUCCGAGCUCAGGUCAGCUCUGCGAGAUAUCGCUCAAGGUACUGCCAAGGAAGGACCACUAGACAUGAAACGCAUGCGAAGCGUCAUCGAGAGAGAUCGGAGACAACUGCUAGCUACGGCGGAGACUCGCUUGACGGAUGUACUCUGCGACCCGGUCAUUACUGACUUCUUGUACGGGGACGUAAACUCAAAAUCCCUUCCAGGGACCUUUGACGACCUCGACCAAUAUCGAACACUCCUCACAUGGAAAGCCGAUCAAUGGGUGAACCUUCUGAAGAAGUACUUUGUCGACCAGCCCUGCAUCUCGAUUGUUGGGAAGCCCUCGGCGGCUAUGGUCGAAAAGAUCAGCCAACAAGCGAAGGAAAGGUUGGCUUCCACCAAGACCGCGCUUGGCGAGGCUGGACUGAAGCGCAAGGCGGAUGAACUGGCCGCCGCACAGAAGGAGAACGAUCGACCCAUCCCAGAUAACAUAAUCACUGAUUUCCCCAUCUCCGAUGCUUCCAAGAUAGACUGGGUUCCCGUGGAGAGUGCCGUGAACCCGGUCGCCUCCUUUGGGAAUGCUUCGCCACGGGUCCAAGCCCAUGUUGAUACGGAAGGACAAGAAUUGCCAUACUCCGUGCAUUUCGCUCACGUUUCAUCUAACUUUGUCACCGUUCGCGUCACAUUCGAUGCGUCUUGCCUGCCAGCCGAUCUCAUGCCUUACUUGAAGUUGUUCGAGUCCUCGCUAUUCUCCCUCCCGGUGGAGCGUCCGGAAGGUGUCAUCGGCCAUGAGGAGGUAGUGACUCAGCUCACCGAGUUAACCGUGGAUUAUGAUUCGGGGCUCGGACUCAGAGGAGAGUUCUCGGACGUGUUCCAGGUAUACCUCAAGGUAGAACAAGACAAGUACUCCACUGCAAUCGGUUGGUUACGUGACCUCCUUUCCCGCGGAGUAUUCGAUAUCGAGAGGUUGUUCGUGGUAGUGGCCAAGCUUCUCCAAGACUUGCCCCGACGAAAACGUUCCGCCAACAGCGCAGGAUCGUCGACGAUCUUUGACAUGCUGUUUGACAAGUCGAAAUCGCCUUCUAUUGCAAACGGACUGCUUGCUACCUUGACGUCUUUGCCCAAGAUCGCUGACGAACUAAAGGAAAACCCGGAGGUGGUCACCAAGAAAUUGAAGACCUUGCGAGAAUAUUUGUUGGAUCCUGCUGUGAUGCGUAUCUCUGUGGCCGGUGACAUCCUGAGCAUGAAGAAUCCCAGAUCUGCUUUCAGCGACAAUUUUUUGCCCUUCAACCGCAUUGGUCUCCGACCCCUCAAAGGAGCUAGAGACGUCAUGUCUCUUUUGGGUCUCAAUCCUGCUAAGAAGGCUAAAGUGGUGACCUUGCCAAGCGUCGAAGGUUCCUACGGGGUUGUGUACGGGAACGGGCCUUAUGGAUGGGAUGCAGAAGGGCUUGCUGCUGCAGAAUUGGCUGCCGGUGUCUUGAAUGCGUUAGAGUCUUAUUUCUGGAAACAUAUCCGAGGCGCAGGACUUGCAUAUGGCGCGUCAAUCGAGGUUGACGAGGAGGCUGGACUUACUUCAUUUAAAGUCUGGAGAAGUCCCGAUGCUUACAAGGCUUACAAGGCGGCCGGCGAUGUAGUAAGAGGUCUUGCUGACGGUUCCAUUGAGCUGGAGAAGAAUCUCGUAGACGCUGCAAGGAGCACCACAUCUUAUACUUUAGCCCGACAAGAAGGGAACAACUCCGCCGCGGCCUCGACCGUCUUCAUCAAUGAAGUCUUCAAACAGAUUCCUGCUGACACGGGCGCUCGUCGGCUUGCGUCGCUCAAGGACAUCUCGGUAGACCAGGUUCGCGAAGCGAUUCGUCAACACUUUGUGCCCCUCUUCGACCCCGAGUCAAGCGUUGUGGUCGUAGCUUCUGCGACUGGCCUUGACGAGAAGAUAGCAACGCAAUUGUCGGAUGCCGGCUACGAAGUAGAGAAGAUGGAGCUUCCCAGCUUGGGGGACAACGAUAUUAGCGGCUCAGACGAUGAUGGCGACAGCGCCGAGAGCGGUAGCGAAGACGAGAGCGAGGGCGAUGCCAUGAGCGUGACGUCGACGUAAAAUGCGUCUCUUGUAAAAUAACAGAGCAAGAGA